CGUGGGUAGCCCCGCCUCCUGGGGCGGUUGCCCUACGCGUGCGCGGUGGGCCGCAGGGCCGCCAUGAGGGAACCUCGCGGGUCGUCACCCCUGCGGGUGAACGCGGCCUUCGCCGCGCGGUACGGCCGCUACCGGGAGCGCGAGGAGCUGCAGCGGCUGAAAGAUCGCUACGGGGACCCGGACAGCGGCGGCGACUCCAGCUCCGAGUCAGACUCCAGCAACGAGCGCGUGGAAUUUGACCCCCAGCAGGACUGUGACUUUUACAGGACUCUCUCCUUGUUGAAGAAGAAGGACCCUCGCAUUUAUCAGAAAGAUGCCACCUUCUAUCACAGAACAGCACCAUCCUCAGAGAGCGAGGAGCAGCCGGCAACCGAGGAGAAGCCGAAGAAGGUGCAGCGCAUGUACUUGAAGGACUAUGAGAGGAAGGUUAUCUUGGAGAAAGGAGGCAAAUAUGUCGAUGAGGAUAAUUCAGACGGGGAGAACUCCAACCAGACAUGCCAGAUCUCGAAAAGUUACGUGGAAGAACAGAAGCAGCUCAAAGAAAGCUUCCGGGCAUUUGUAGAUGACAGUGAGGAUGAGGACAGUGCCAGGGAAGGCGGCUCUGGGUUACUGCAGAAAUGUCCUAAAACCAGGGAGGAGAAGGCCCAGGAGGAUGCCAGCUACCUGGAAUGGCUGAAGGGGCAGAAGGAGAUGGAAAACCCUGACACCCUGAAGGAACUGACCCACCUCAAGGAAUACUGGAACAACCCAGAGCUGGAUGAAGGGGAGCAGUUCCUGCGGGAUUAUAUCCUCAACAAACACUAUGAGGAGGAGGAGGAGGAAGAAGAGGAGGAGGAGGUGGCAGGUAGUGUCCCCGGCCCCCCAGUUCAGCUGGUGGUGAAUGACUCCUCAGACGAGGGGGAGCUAUUUCUGAAGAAGCAGGAGGACUUUGAACACAAAUACAACUUCCGAUUUGAGGAGCCGGACGCAGCCUCGGUCAAGACCUACCCUCGAAGCAUCGCGUCCUCGGUGCGCCGCAAGGAGGAGCGCAGGAAGGAGAGGAGGGAGGCAACUCGGGAGCGCAAGAGGAGGGAGAAAGCCAAGAAGCGGGAGGAGCUCAAACAGCUGAAGAACCUGAAGAGGAAGGAGAUUCUGGCCAAGUUGGAGAGGCUGCGGCAGGUCACGGGCAAUGAGACACUGGGCUUUGAGGAGCGGGACCUCGAGGACGACUUUGACCCCACCCGGCAUGACCAGGUCAUGCAGAAAUUCUUCGGAGAUGAGUACUAUGGCACCGUGGAGGAGGAGAAACCCCAAUUUGAAGAAGAGGAAGGGUUUGAGGGUGAGGUCCCUGGGGUACCCCACUUGGGGUGGGGGGUGGCUGGGUCCAAAGCCCAAGGUCCCACCCAGACCCCUGCCCUACCCGCCUGUCUUCUGGAACCAGAUGACUGGAACUGGGACACGUGGGCUGGGCCUGAGCAGGCCAGGGCUUGGAGCCAGCGGGAGCUGCACUGUGAGGACCCCAAUUUCAAUAUGGAUGCCGACUAUGACCCCAGCCAGCCACAGAGGAAGCAGCAUGAGGCCCCGUCGAUGGGCAAGAAGAAGCGCAGGUCGCCCUUCGCCACAGCUGUGGGGCAGGCAAAGCCCGUGUUCGACCCAGCAGGGGACACGUCGUUUGAGGAGUACCUGGAUGAGUAUUACCGGCUCGACUACGAGGACGUCAUCGAUGACCUGCCCUGUCGCUUCAAGUACCGUAGCGUGGUGCCCUGCGACUUUGGGCUGAGCACCGAGGAGAUCCUCGCUGCUGACGACAAGGAGCUGAACCGGUGGUGCUCGCUGAAGAAGACCUGCAUGUACAGGUCAGAGCACGAGGAGCUACAGGACAAGAGAGUGUACAGCCAGAAGGCCCAGAACUUGUGGAAAAAGAGGCAGAUCUUCAAGUCGCUCUGCCCAGAGGAGACAGAGAUGCCCACGGAAGCCACACAGAAGCCACAGAGAGACAAAGCAAGCCCGCAGAGGCAGCUGCUGGCACCCGAUGUGGCCUGCAGGAAGCAGCCCCAGCCUGAGAGCCCCCUGGCACAGGAAGAGGUGGCCUCUGUGUCACACACCAAGCCAGACCCUCAGAGACAGAGGAGGGGCAAGAAGGCCCGUCUCCUGGGCCCCACGGUGACUCUUAGUGGACGUGAGUUCAGCCACCAGAGGCUGCAAGCCUUUGGCCUCAACCCCAAACGGCUGCACUUCCGCCAGCUGGGCCGGCAACAGAGGAAGCACCGGGGGCCCAAGAGCCGUCCCUGAGCUCGAGGUAGCAGGCAGGGUCCUUGGCGCUCUCCCCCUCAGUCAAGCCCCUGGGUGCCUUCUCCUGUUGACUGUAUAAUCCUGUCUACCUGUGGGCGAGGGAGUUUUCCCAUCUUACAGGUGUGGAAGCUGAGGCCUACUUAAGCUUCCCUGGACCCCAUCGCUCAAGUUCUGGCCCAUCCAGAGCCACAGUCAAGUCAAAUGGUUUUAUUAGCCUCCAGUGGCCAUGGAUCCCCCUACUGCCACCAGUCCUUGGCAAGACAGGGGCUUGGGGACCAGUGAGUGGCCUCAGAGGUCCAGUGCAAACUACAGUACUUGAGUCAGGCCCUGAGUGGGUGCCCGGGGGCCCUCCCUCCCUGCCCCCAGGAGGAGAGGCCCAGGAGCAGGCGCUGCCCCUGGCCACACGCCCCGGCCAGAGGUUUCCUGGACUGGUCUCAGCUGCGCUUGUCAAGGCAAAAUGGGAAGGUCCCUGUUCCCGGAGUUCAAGCUCCCACACCCAGUGUGACAUAAAUAAAAAAAUAAAUAGUG